CUAUCCUCGAAUCAACACAAACACUACAAGUAAAAUACCCAAGCAAAAAUGGUGGCAGUAGACCCGACAACUCCUCCCUCCGCUGCCACGACCGUCAAAGACGACCACCAAUUCACCGUCCUCGUCGACGGCGUGGAGACAGCCAUCCACGAGGGUGUGCUCCGGUGCAACGGAGGCACGCUCACCGUGAUCAGCCCGGGCGUCCUCAGGGUGGACCGUCUCCAGCACGUCGUGGUGCGCGGCGGGGGCAGCGGCGGCCACGUGAGCUUCACCCGGUGCGGCUUCGCGGCCGCGGAGGACUGCGGCGCCGCGUCUUUCCACCGGUGCGACGCCGUGCGGGCGGACGGGGCGCGGGAGGUGUCCGUGCGGCGGUGCCGGUCCGCGGACGUGGAGCGCGCCGGCGCGGUGGCCAUCCGCCGGUGCAAGGGCGCGGCGCGCGUGCGCGGCGCCGGGGAGCUGCGCGUCGGGCGGUGCCGCGAGGCCGACGUGGGCGGGUGCGCCGACGUCGCCGUGGGGCGGUGCCGCGCCGCGCGCGCCGACUGGUGCGGCGCCCUGGGCAUCGAGCGGUGCGGGUCCGCCGACGUGAGCCGGUGCGGCGCCGUGCGCGUGGACCGGUGCCGCGCCGCGACCGUGUCGGGCUGCGGCAGCGUGGCGGUGCGCCGUGGCAAGGUGAACGUGAUCGAGCAGCCGGCGGUAUGUCUGGAGAAGCCGACGAUGACGCAUCAGUAUCAAGACGGUGAACCAGUGUAUGCGGUCCCUUUGGAAAUCGUGAGCAAGUGAAUUAAGCAGACAUCGCGCAUCGCCGAGUGCCGACGAUUGGUCUAUUUUUGGCUGAUGCACAUAUACGUGCGUCGUCUGUAUCGGUAUGGUUAAUAUAGUAGUACUACUGAAUUUCAUAUAUAGUGCAUGUUACGUAAUAAUGUAAUAUAGUUUUCGAGUGUUUUGUUUGUACGGAAACAUAUGUAUAGUGUACUUUGACUAAGAAGUGGAGAACGUUACACAGACAUGAUACAGAUAAAUAAUUAUGUGUUGAUCUACCUUUGGAAAA